UCACAGCCGGAGCUACUGUCUGAGCCGUGCAGCUCUGCAGAUUCAAGAAUUUCGCCUUGCUGUGGUGCACAUAUUAAUAGCCACCCUGUUUUAGACCUUGACCCACUUUUCAGGGUGACACAGCAGGUUCUGUUCGCGAUGUGUAUAAGGCACCAAGCUGAGGCUUUCAGCUCAUUUGAGUGUUCUUUUAGUUCUAGCAGGAUAGUCUUCUAAACUCUGGUAUAGAAACACACAGAUAACACGAACCCAUCAGUAGAAAACGAAACCACACGAUUAACAAGUUAACAAGUGAAAUACUGGAUAUGCAAAUGAGAUCCAGUUCCAAGGCUGAUGCAAAUCUCUAUAACCUGGGGCUAACACUUAUCUCCCGCUUGUCAUAUCCAGGCCCAAUUACCCUGUACAAAUAUUUUGUAAGUGAAAAGAGUUUUGUUCCUCUUUUCUUUUUGUCCUCGCAGUCGUUGCGGCCGUGCUAGUUAUCGUUACGAGAGAGAAAAGCAGAGCGAAGCAGUAUAGUAAUAAGGACACGGUUCUGAAAAAGCACUCGCAUAGGUGGUAAUCUUUCUCUUUCAUGUGUCUCAUGUCCCUGUCUUCCCCAGAGAACAGAACAAAGCAGUGAAGUGCUGUGCACAGAGAGAGAGAGAGAGAGAGAGAGAGAGAGAGAGAGACCUAUUCAGAUAUUUUUACUGUACGCAGCACUAAGCAAACAGACAAAUGAAGAGAGACUGUGUGUUAAACACUGAGCAAGUUUUGUUCAAGCAUUAAGACUAAAUAAUUAAUCCUGGCUGAGGGAACGCAUCAUUUAUUCAUCGUCGUGUUUCAGUGUGCUGUAGGAGCUGAAUCUGGGUCCGUGUGGAGAUUGGAAUAGCAGGAGCAGGGGAGUGAACGGGCGGAGCCUCAAAGCUCCCCCAUUCAUAUUAUGUAAAUGCACUUGAGCUUUCCAGCGUCUGAUUGGCUGGCUGGAUGUGUUGCCUGGCUGACGGGAGAGACAGAGCAUGCUGUGCAGCAAAUGCUCCUACGCGGUGGACAGAGGAAGAGGGCAGAGGCAUGCGAGAAACACGGAGAAUGCAGAAAAAGCAGACUCGGGUUUCGUUUUCUGAAGAAGAAGCAGCGCAGGUAUCUGAUUCCCCAGCGUACAUGUCAGCCGGGCGAAGAAGCUCUGUAGGAUAAGCCGACCGUGCCGGCUACUGUUACAGGCAGCUCAUUCAUAACCCAUGCCAAAUUAAUGACGAAGAUGAAUAGACGUGAAUAGAAGUGCCACUCUUCCUCUGCUGCUCAUGGCUUACUUUAUUCUCUCGCUGCAGCUAUAUACAGAGAUAUGGAAACCGAGGAAAGUCUGACUGCAUGCAAAUAAACACCGCAUCAUCGCUCCGUCUGUCGUUCGGACACCAGGAGCUCUUUUACGCCAUGCCUUGGUUGAGGGAAAGGAAGGAUUGGAAUCUCACAGUGAGGGACUGAGUGGAGUUUUUUGCUUGUAGGCUGCUUCUGGAGCUGUGAAGUCUUUCUGGAUCAGCUGAGUGGAGACAGUCCGUCUUUUGCAGAUAUUUAAGAACCAAUCAUCCACCAUACCUCACUGGCUAAACCCUAUAGAACUGUCACGUGAGUAAUAAUCAGCUGAGAAGAAUAUUGUUUAGACCUUUAUUUUUUAUUUUUUUAUUCUUCUACUGGGAGUGGUUCUGGUGCAAAGGAUGGUAUUUGUGUUGGAAAUGAUUGCUGUCUUUUAAAUAAGAGGAGGACUGUUCUAUUUCUAGCCUCCAAGCUGCCAUUUUCAUCACUAAAAGCCCAGCAGUAGUGAAGAGCCAGGGGUUUCCAUAGAAAUCAGUCCUUAUGGGAAUCCACAGAUAGGAAGCGAUAGCAGGGGAAGGCCAACGGCGCUAUGCUACACGUCCUCGCUUGGAGGGGCUCGGUGCCAGAGAUGGGUGUUUAUCCUGUGCUGAAUCGAUGACGAGUCGAGAGAGGGUCUUCAGUCGAAGGGCAAGAUCAUACAGCAGAUAUCAACAUUGGACAAGUGCUGAGCUUUGCACUUUGGAGCUCCACAGAACAGUGUGUGUUUAUGCGAAGGUCUGCACUCCUCUGACUGGAAUAGACGAGAAGAAACUGUAACGUAUUUUUAUGAAAACUUGCUCAGAAGCAUUAGGACCAUCAAAGCUAUUUAACAGUAUUCCAUUGCUGUGACUUAAUAAUGCAGGUGAAGUAGCUUGGCUGAAAUGCACACUAACUGACGAGCCAGUCUUCGAGAACUGAACUUUCUCCCUUCAUUCAUGCCUGCUUCGGUCUGUCCGUGGAGCGCUUUUCUCUAAUACGACUACACAGGGUGAACUGAAAGUGCCUGUCCUUGCCCAGAGUCCUUACCUCGGAUCUUGUGUUGACUACUCGCGUGACUUUUAAUAAGGUGCUAAAUCAGCAUAUCUGAAGUUGGUUUCUGGAGGACCGCACAAUGGACGACUCCAGUAUUCUAAGACGGCGAGGUCUCCAGAAGGAGCUGAGCCUUCCCCGAAGAGGCAGUUUUUGUCGGACGAGCAACAGGAAGAGCCUGAUCGUGACCUCCAGCACCUCUCCCACUCUGCCCAGACCUCACUCUCCACUGCACGGACAUCCUGGGAGCAGCCCAUUGGACAGCCCACGCAAUUUCUCCCCCAACACUGCAGCCCACUUCUCCUUCGUGCCCGCCCGCAGUCACGGGCACAGGGCUGACAGGACGGAUGGCCGGCGCUGGUCUCUUGCCUCACUGCCCUCUUCGGGGUACGGGACCAACACUCCCAGCUCAACGGUCUCGUCAUCAUGUUCAUCCCAGGAGAAGCUGCACCAGCUGCCCUUCCAGCCCACCGCAGACGAGCUGCACUUUCUCACCAAGCACUUCAGCUCCGAGAGCAUCACUGACGAAGAGGGCAGGAGAUCGCCAGCCAUGCGGCCGCGCUCCCGCAGCCUCAGCCCUGGGCGCUCUCCCAUAUCCUUCGACCAUGAGAUUGUCAUGAUGAACCAUGUUUACAAAGAGCGUUUCCCAAAGGCCACGGCUCAGAUGGAGGAGCGUCUGGCCGAGUUCCUGUCCUCCUCGGCUCCAGAGAAGGUCAUGCAUCUGGCCGAUGGUGUCUUGAGCUUCAUCCACCACCAGGUGAUCGAGCUGUCCCGAGACUGCCUGGAGAAAUCACGAGACGGCCUAAUCACCUCCCGCUACUUCUAUGAGCUGCAGGAGAACCUGGAGAAACUGCUGCAGGAUGCUCAUGAGCGUUCGGAGAGUGUGGAGGUGACCUUCGUCACCCAGCUCAUUAAGAGGCUGAUGAUCGUCAUCGCUCGGCCUGCCCGGCUGCUGGAGUGUCUGGAGUUUGAUCCUGAGGAGUUCUAUCACCUGCUGGAAGCUGCAGAAGGCCAUGCAAAAGAAGGCCAGGGAAUCAAAACAGACAUCCCUCGUUACAUCAUCAGUCAGCUGGGCCUUACUAGAGACCCCUUGGAGGAAAUGGCCCAGCUGUCCAGUUACGACAGUGGAAACUCAGAAACACCGGAGACUGAAUGCUGCCUCGACUCCUCUGAGAGUCGAGGUGCUACUGUACAGCCAGCUCAGCCACAGCCUAAGACCAAAACACCAAGAGAGGAGGACUUUGAAACCAUCAAACUCAUCAGUAACGGAGCUUACGGGGCUGUGUUUUUGGUGAGACAUAAGGAGACACGUCAGCGUUUCGCCAUGAAAAAGAUCAACAAGCAGAACUUGAUUCUGAGGAACCAGAUCCAGCAGGCGUUUGUGGAGAGGGACAUCCUCACCUUUGCAGAGAACCCGUUCGUCGUCAGCUUUUUCUGCUCCUUCGAAACACGCAGACACCUCUGCAUGGUCAUGGAGUAUGUGGAGGGUGGGGACUGUGCCACUCUACUAAAACACAUCGGUGCGCUGCCUGUGGAUAUGGCACGCAUGUACUUUGCUGAAACCGUACUGGCACUGGAAUACCUGCACAACUAUGGCAUUGUACACCGUGACCUCAAACCUGACAAUCUUCUAAUCACUUCAAUGGGCCACAUCAAACUGACAGAUUUUGGCCUGUCAAAGAUUGGUCUUAUGAGUCUCACCACUAACUUGUAUGAGGGCCACAUUGAGAAAGACGCCCGUGAGUUCUUAGAUAAGCAGGUGUGUGGUACACCUGAAUAUAUCGCCCCGGAGGUGAUACUCAGACAGGGUUAUGGGAAACCAGUGGACUGGUGGGCCAUGGGAGUCAUCCUGUAUGAGUUUUUGGUGGGCUGUGCGCCUUUCUUCGGAGACACCCCCGAAGAACUGUUUGGACAAGUCAUCAGCGAUGAGAUAGUGUGGCCUGAGGGGGACGAAGCUCUUCCUCCAGAUGCUGAAGACCUCAUCUCUAAACUUCUCCGACAAAACCCACUGGAGCGAUUGGGAACAGGAAGUGCGUUUGAGGUGAAGCAGCACAGGUUCUUCAUUGAUCUGGACUGGAACAGUCUCCUGAGGCAGAAAGCUGAGUUUAUCCCUCAGCUCGAGUCUGAGGAGGAUACCAGCUACUUUGACACUCGCUCAGACAGGUAUCACCACGUGGACUCUGAGGAAGAAGAGGAUACCAAUGACGAUGAGCGCUUGGAGAUCCGCCAGUUCUCCUCCUGCUCCCCACGAUUUAACAAGGUUUACAGCAGUAUGGAGCGUCUGUCCCUACACGAGGAGAAGCGCACUCCUCCCCCCACCAAGCGCAGUCUCAGCGAGGAGGGCACCGAGAGACUCGACAGUCUCAGCAGCCUCAAGUCUCGGGACCGCAGCUGGAUGGUGGGAUCACCUGAAAUCCUGCGUAAGCGCCUGUCAGUGUCAGAGUCUUCACACACUGAGAGCGACUCCAGCCCCCCUCUAACAGUACGCCGCCGCUGCUGCUCUGCAAUCAUUGAAAUGCCUCGGUUCGCUAUCUCCACCGAGGAGGAGGGCACCAGGAAGACUCCAAUCAGGGCUCAGCGCAGUGAAGAGCUCCCUUCUGCUAUCCCAGAACUCCCAGUGGAGAGGGAGCUCCGACUGGAUGAUUCUCCCAUCACACCAGGCUCCACUUCCAGCCAAGCCACCCGCGGCACGCUCACACCUGGCAGCGGUAGCGAUUCUGUGGAUAGAGGACCUCCUCGCUGCAGCAGUACUGAGGGAGCAGAUAAUUCCACUCCCAAAGCCAUCAGCGACCUGGCAGUCCGUCGAGCUCGCCAUAGACUGCUGUCAGGAGACACUGAGAAACACACGUCACGGCCACUCAACAAGGUCAUCAAAUCAGCCUCGGCCACUGCGCUGUCGCUCAUGAUUCCUACAGAGCACCAUGGAGCCUCUCCCCUGGCCAGCCCCAUGUCUCCUCAUUCCCUGUCCUCCAAUCCAUCGUCUCGGGACUCGUCUCCCAGCAGGGACCUAUCACCGGCUGUUUGCAGCGUGAAACCUGCCAUCGUUAUCCACCGAGCAGGCAAGAAGUACGGCUUCACGCUGCGUGCCAUCCGUGUCUACAUGGGAGACACUGAUAUCUACACCGUACACCAUAUGGUCUGGCAUGUGGAGGAGGGAGGACCAGCUCAUGAAGCAGGUCUAAGAGAGGGAGACCUCAUCACACACGUUAAUGGAGAAACGGUCCACGGGCUUGUUCACACCGAGGUCGUGGAGCUCAUUCUCAAGAGUGGAAAUAAGGUGUCUAUAUCAGCCACUCCCUUUGAGAACACAUCCAUUAAGGUUGGGCCGGCUCGUAAAAGCAGCUGCAAGUCUAAAAUGGCUCGGCGCAACAAAAAGACCAAAACAAGAGAGGGACAGGACAGUAAGAAGAGGAACUCCCUAUUUCGGAAGAUCACUAAGCAAGCGUCUCUCCUGCACACCAGUCGUAGCUUGUCAUCUCUGAAUCGUUCUGUGUCAUCGGGUGAGAGUGUGCCUGGAUCUCCCACACACAUGUCCCCUCGCUCCCCAACACAGGGCUACCGCUCCACACCGGAUUCGGCCCACUCGGUUGGGGGAAAUUCAUCUCAGAGCAGCUCUCCCAGCUCCAGCGUGCCAAACUCUCCUGCCAGCUCUGGUCAGAUCCGACCCAGUUCCCUGCAUGGCCUGGCCCCAAAGCUGCAGCGCCAGUACCGCUCCCCUCGGCGCAAGUCUGCUGGUAACAUUCCCCUGUCGCCACUGGCCCGUACUCCCUCACCAACGCCCCAGAGCACUUCCCCUCAGCGCUCCCCUUCUCCACUGCCCAGCCAUGCACUCCUGAGCUCCUCCAUCGGUCAGUCCUUUCCUGUAAAACUGCACUCUUCUCCUCCGCUGGUGCGCCAGAUCGCGCGUCCGAAGAGUGCUGACCCGCCUCGCUCCCCUCUACUGAAACGUGUGCAGUCAGCGGAGAAACUGGCAGCCUCACUCUCAUCCUCCUCCUCGUCUCCCUCUCCUUCGUCCGCUGCCGAUAAGAAGCUGCCGGUGGGCGCUGGCCGCAAGCACAGUCUGGAAAUCGCACACACCGAAUUUAAGAAGGAGAUGCUCCAGCGGGAGCCAAGUUUGCAGAGCUUGCAGGAGUGCGCUAGUGAGACUCUUCUGGGAGGGAGGGUGUCUCCAGCCGAAAAGGCCACCCUGCAGAAGCCUUUAGCCCGUAAGCUAGGUCGGCAGGAAGGCCCCGACUCUGCCACUGGAUCGUUAGGGCUGGCUCCUGGUAAGAGCAAGCUGAAGGACAAGCUGUCAGCUAUCCGGCAGGAUCGUGCUGAACGCAGAGAGUCUCUGCAGAAGCAGGAUGCCAUCCAUGAAGUGGAUUCCUCUGAGGAUGAGACAGAUGAGGGUUCAGAGGACAGCCAGGAUGGACGCAGGACAACCUUUGUCCCUCCUAGUCAUGUGCUUCGGCCCACGAGUGUGAUAGGAUCCGCACAUAUCAGGACAGGGCCUGCUGCUUUAACUACUCUGCCUCUGACCCCUUGCACAGUGGCUCAGCCAGGCUCUCCUCAGCUCAGCCAAGGUCUGCAGGCCCAAAACCAGACGCAAGCCCAACCUUCAUCAUUGGCAGCUAACAAAUCUGAGCAAGAACCCACCCAGACCCUGAUAUCUACUCCCUCUGCUGCCUCUACCUCAGCCCUACCAGAAAAUUCCAGCGAGAGACGGGGAAAGAUUCAGGACUCUGUGUCCAGCAGUAAAACACCUGGUCCUCAACCCAGCUCUCUGACCAGCACUUUUUCUACACCUGGUAGCGCGUUUACGACUGUCAGCAAGGACCCUUUUGUCAAACCCUUAGCACCCACUGCAGACCGUAGGACUGCCAAAGUGAUCAGCAAGCAAGAGCCCAGCACAGUGCCUGUCAUAACCCGAGAACCCCAAACCCCUACUCCACCAACUGGAGGCAUCACUAAGGAGAUGAAGGAUGCAGACAACCGGAGACAAGCAGCUGCCGCUGCUGCAGCAACCUCCUCCAUCUCCAUAGCAGCUGAGAGUGGAGUGGAUAAAGUGGUUUCCCAGCUGGCCACAGUGGCCAAGAGCAUGCUAGGGCCGGUCAAGCUCAACAUCCCAGGGACCAAAGAUGCCACUGAGCGGAGUAAGGAGACCAGACCUCAGGCAGACAUGGUUCACCCAAAAAGCAAAGAUCCACAUUUGAACAGUUCUCGUUCUCCUGAAAAGACAUUUCCAACAGUUGCUUCUGUCUCCAAAACAGGGCGACAGUCUGAAUCCCCCACUCGACAGUCCCCUGCAAUAUCCGAGUUACCUUCGACUUCACAUAGGUUCCAGGAAACCGCAGGAGCUUCAAAGAGGCCUUCCAUCCCAAAAGACAGCUCAUCAGGACCAGGAGAGUCCCAGGAGAGGCCAGGAACUCCACGGAGCAGUGCCUCCCAGAGGCCCAGCCCUGAAGCACAUUCCCAGAGCCAGGCCAAAGCCAGUUCCUCCGCACAGCAAGACAAAUCCAGCAAGAAGACAUAGCAGUCUUGCACAGAAAAAAAGACAACUCGCCUAGCAUGCAUGUUAAAAAAUACAAAAAUAUACUUCACACUAACCUUGAGAGGAAAGAAGUGAAAGAAGCAAAUUCAAGCAAAGGAGCUUAGCAGCUUCAUUGUGGAUUGUUCUUUAUUUGAGGACUUUUGGAUUGCUUUUAUUUUCCUCUUUACCACUAUUCUCAGCAUUGUUUUAUUGAGUUCAGAAAAAAAAGAAAAUAUGGGGCUAGAAAUAAACCAUUUGAAGACAAACAUUGUAACAUUCAGUGCGUGUUCACUGGGAAAUUAGGUUCUCACUUUAUUUGCUGUUUUAGGUCUAGUGGUGCCUUAAUAUAAAUUAAAAAGUCCUCACUUGUAAGUCUGUUUGCCAUUCAUUGAUGGAGGUAAGAUGUAUCUCAGCAAUAAAAUCAACAUAUGCUUAGCAAUUUCUAUUAAUGUAGUAGAAUCCUGCAUUCAGUUGGCUGAAAACCACCACUACAUUUUCCAUCAGUGACUAUUACAGUACUUUUCCAACAGUUUGAGUACUGUACAAAUUGCAUGCAUGGAAUAUUACACAUUGCUCACUAGUGCUAAAAUUAAUUACGCAAAAGAGCCUAUAAUAUUAUUUAAAACAGGUUUCCCAGUUAAGAACAAAAGGUUAAAUUAGAUGUGUGAUUAAAAAAAAUAUAUUUAAUUUGUUGGCAGGAUUUCAUGUUUCUUCAAGUUGUUUAGCUGUACAAACUUAUUCCAUCUGCCAGGAUACGUGUGUUAUUAGUUAUUAUGGUAAAACAUCAGGCCACAUGUACAUGCUUGAUGUAUAGAUGAUUGUAUAUGAUGUACUGAUAUUAAUGACGUCGUCUGAUUUCAUACUGAUGUCUGAAAAAAGUGCGCCUAAUUGGAAAUGUUUUGUUUUUAUUUCUAGCCCCUGCUCUCUUUUUUUUAUUUUAUUAUAAUUAAUAACAACUGAAAUGGUUUUUAUUUUUAGGAUCUGGACCAACUUGCUGUGUUCUUUCUGUAUAUUUGCCAUUAAUCUUUUAAAGUCAGAAAACUUGUACAGGCUUGUUAAUGAGUGAGUGAGUGAGUGAGCGUGUGUGUGUGUGUGUGUGCGCGCUCUUAUAUAAACGGAUAUUUAAAGUUCUGUGUCAGUUUUAUAUCUGAGUGUAUUGGGAGUGUAUCUUAGAUUAGAUUCUGUCUUUGCCAUUUCAGCAGUGUCUGAUUUAGACAUUUAUUACUAGCAGGCAAGGAUGUAUUUGCACAAUCCAUUUUUACUUUGUGUCAUAUGAAAACUAAUAAAAUACAGUCCAAUCAGAUCCCAGGGCUUGUUGGGGUCUUGAGGGGUUUGACCAAUCAUUUAACCCCUUGUUACCUGUCAUGUUAUGUGGCUACAUUUAUGUGUUUACACCAACGUAAGUGAAUCAGAUGCCUGUGGAAGUUUAAGUGCACUCUCCCGUUUCUCCUGUUCAUACUGGGUUUUUAAGCCUAUUUGUGCUGACAUUUACAGAAUAUCAAUUACUUUCAGUUAGUGUUUUAACAACGCUGUUACAAUGCUAUAUAUUCAUCAAGGAAGGCUCAUAACUGAUCCAGUUUUAAACCCUUUUGUUUUUUAUUAUUAAUUGCAGCGUGUUCAUGAAUGUCAUUUCAUAGGUGAGUCCUGAAAAUCUCAGUUUAAAAACAACCCUACUAUAGUUUGCAGCUAACUUUGAUUUCUUAAUAACUUCUUAAUAAGGAGAAAUUAGUCAUCAAAUGAAAUGAAAAGCUUUUGACGGCUCUUUGAGCCAGAAGCUUUAUUUCAAGCUACACGGUUUCUGUGGGUAUUUUACAUUUUUUGUGUCUUAUUGUAUUUUAGAGUUGGCGGUUUGCCAUUAUGCAUCUAAGUGGCUCUGUCCUGAAUUCACAGCUUGAUACACAGGACCAAAUAUUGAGCUGUAUCUGAAUCUGUUCCCUCCAGAAGAUAUAAACCGUUUACCUCUUUAUUAGGACUGAGUCUAGGAUGGAGGUUAAACGAGUGUGGAGGUGGGUAGAAAUUAUUAAAAAAAAGUGUUAAUGGAUUAUUUUAACCGUAAGCUAUGGACUGGAAUAUGACUACUGUUUAAUUUAAUCAAAGUCGAGCACAGUUUGGUGAUUCUCCUGCUUUAACUCUAAACUAAACCAAGAUUCUUUAUAAUGCUAAGAGCAAAUGAUUUAAUCCGAAAUCUCUCAUCUGAAAUUAAAAUGCCAAAUUUAGAAAACCAGACUUAUAUAUAUAUUUGUGUGUGACGAUUCUCAAUUAUACUGACCAACCUCAUAUACAAUUUUCAUGAUUGGGUCAAACCACUGAGUGUCUAACAAUAGGAGGCCCAAGUGUGUGUGUGUUUUAAGAAACAAAUCAGCAGUGUUGGUCUCCAGCAUUCCACUGGACUCUAAUGUCUAUUACAGUCCACAGCUCAUGGUUAAGCAUUAUAAUUAUACCUUGUUACUUAGUAUAAUAUCCAAGUAAUUUUAAAUCUAGAAUAAUUAGGAACAAAAAGUGGUCUGAACCUUGACUUUUUGGGUUAACUGUGUUAUGUAUUGUAUUCACAUGCUCACUGUUGUAUAGUUAUACUAUACUGUAUGCUCAGAUCUGGUUAAAAUGCCAGGAUCCUGUGGAGUUGUUCACUAAUACGUCUUGCAGCCAUAUGGCAUCACACAAACACACCGUGGGCGUGUGAUUUUACAGCCAGCCCUUCUUACCCUCUGUCUGUAAAACAAAACCACUAAAGCACCAGUAAAUAAAGAGACCACGAAGGCAGUCACACUGCAUAGUAUAAGUCUAUGAAAUGACAUCUGGACAGAAUAGGUGCUACACCACUUUCCCUGAGGGAUUUCCCCAGUACAUAGAGAUUAUAGUAUAUGUCCUGUGUUCUCUGUGGGGUUUUUUCUUCUUCUUCUUCCAUUUUUGCGCAAGACAGGUUGUACAAAUGAACAGAGAUGGGAUUUGAAAAGGAAAAAAAAAAAAACAAGAAAAAACUGCUAGUUAAACCAGUGCAAUAUCUUUUUAAUUUCUGUUGUGGUAAGAUGCAUGUUUGUUGUAACUCCUUCCUUAAGAACAAUAAAGAUUUUUUUUUUUUU